UCAGCAAACAAAAACAUUACCCCCUGCGUGAAGAAUGGACUCGUCUCCAUUUGACCUUGCGACCCUGACGUCAUAUGUGGCUCGGCAGGACGUGAGUGUAGACAUGAGACCCACUGGUUUGUGCUGGAGGCAAGCCGUUCAACACAAGCUAGCUGCGAUCAACAACUCCCUAAACCGUUCUCCUAGCCAGUGACAGCAGGACUCACGCUGGAGACGCCUUCGGAGACACCUACGAUGACCGCCGAGGAGCGGAAGAAGACGACGAAGCGGGACGUGACCUCAAGCGGUUACCCUAGCUCAAUCAUGGACGAUAACGACAUGGACAAAAAAGGGCCGUACAUCCCCAGUUACAUGGACCAGAACACCCCGGAGCCAUGUGUUGUAUGUGGGGACAAGGCCACAGGCUACCAUUACCGAUGCAUGACAUGUGAAGGCUGCAAGGGCUUCUUCAGGAGAACUGUUCAAAAAGACCUGAAGUACAGCUGUAAAUAUGCUGGCGACUGUGUGGUGGACAAAACCACACGGAACCAGUGUCAGGAGUGUCGCUUCAAGAAGUGUGUCAGGGUCGGCAUGGCAACCGACUUGGUUCUGGACGAACAGAAACGUGUUGCCAAGAGAAAACUUAUCGAGGAGAAUCGGGAAAGGCGUCGGUCGGAAGAGAUCCGAAAGAUCUCGCGGCUGCGGGCGGACUGUGUCUUCACGGAGAGAGAUCAGUACAUCGUGGACCACGUCACCACGUCAUGGCUUCAGACGUGUCCCAAGAAAGUCAACAGAUACUAUCUUAAUGGUAGUCCCAAACCCGGUAUGCCCGUGCCCGAGGCCCCGAGACCGCCCGUGGUGCAGAACGGAGUGGUACGCGAGGCGGACAGCUCGGGAGCGAUGGAUGACGACAUGGUCGACCAGGACAUCUUCUCGCACCUGGCGGAGGUCAUCACGCCCGCCAUCAUCAAGGUCGUGGAGUUCGCCAAGCAGAUUCCCGGCUUCACAAAGUUGGUGCCUGAUGACCAGGUGGCGCUGCUGAAAAACUGCUGCUUCGAGGUGAUGUGCUUGCGGGCGGCCAGCAGGUUCGACAAGCAGAGGAGGACGAUCACCAUGUUUGGGGGGCUGACAGUCACCAAAGAACAGGUUUCUCAGGGAGGCCUGGGUAGACUGGCGGAGCCUCUGUUUGAGUUUGCGGAAGGCCUGAGCCAGCUGCACCUCGAUGACACAGAAGUAGCUCUUCUUGCAGCUCUAUUGGUCGUAGCAGACCGUCCUGGAGUUCAGGACCAGGAGUCUAUCGACCGACUACAAGACAUCAUCCUGACGGCAUACAAGAAUUACAUCACGCGCCAGCGCCCGCACCAGCCCGUGCUAUGGGGGAAAAUCCUCAUGAAGGUCACGGACCUGCGGGCGCUGAGCGUCGCGCACGCCGAGCAGGUCAAGCUAGUGAAGAUGGAAUGUACCAACGACAUUCCACCCCUCUUCUUAGAAAUGUUUGAAAGUUCUUCCCCACUGUUUAUGAAACAGGAAUAAGGCAAGUCUUAUCACAUUGUAAACCUGCUGGUGUUAGAAAAAAUUGUCACUACAACAAAGCUACAGUCCACUGCCUCUUGUCUAGACAGAAAAACACCCCAGAAAGUGAUGCCUUGGUACAUUCCAGCCUUAAAUCCUUUAGGAUUUAAUGUUGGAAUGUACCAUUUGUCUAGGCAUGGGUAGUGGACAGAAUAUUUCAGACACUGUAACUGGUGUAAGUCUACAAUGUACAUUCACAAAAAUUGUGUUUUUACCUUCGAGGCAAAUUUUACUUUGCAAAUCUUUAUGGUGUUUAUCAUAAAAUGUUGUCUUGUCUAAAAGAUGAUGGAAAGACUAUAGGUACAUGAUUUAAAAAGCUGACGGUAUCUUUCGAAAUCUGAGAUGUCAGCCACAAAGCCUACAUGUGGUAUAGCGCACACUUUAUACAUGGAAACAUUUAUGUGUAAUUUAACUCAAGGAGAACGAGCCUUGAUGAAAUCCAGCCUUCAACUGAAGAGCUGGAGUAAGCAAUGUCAAUCAGAUAGAAAGGUGGUCAGAGCCUAUGCUGUUCACCAAGCAGUAUGAGGCUGGAAGCCAUGGAGACGUACCGGUUACGUGUAACCGCUUAACGCGCACAAUAUCGCCCACCGUGAGUACACGUAUCUAGCGGAUGACAAAGAACUACGCCACUUUGCAAGCUGCCUAGGGGGUGACUAGAGGGCCUGUGCAAUUAUAUAUUAUUUUUCUAAGUAAGAUGUUUUGUUCUGAAAUAAGAGGAAGCAUACUCCCUUCUCUUCCAAACAUUUCUCUGAAGCAGUUACAUGUAAGCAAUUUGUUCUCAAUCAUUCUUCUAUGGAGAGCCUCAUUGGUGAACUAUGCAAUAUACUUAGGGAGACUCCGCUAAAACGGACUGAGUUUUCCACCUUUGUGGGUGUGGACUCUUACCAGCUGUCAGCCUAUCAGAGAAUCGCCUAACUGUUUUCUUUAGGUAAAGCCGAUUUUAUUUUCUGAUUGGCUGACAACUGGUUAGAGGCCACUCCCACAAAAGUGGAAACCUCAGCCCAGUUUAGCAGAGCCUCCCUUAAGUUUUGUUGUAUAGACAGCGACUGAGGCUCUGUAUAGUAGAAUGUUCUCCAGUUACUGUUAAAUCAUUUCCUUCACAAAACUGUACAACAGGAUAGUGUUCUUUGUCAUCCGGGGUACUGUAUCUCCACAAUGGGCCACAAAACUACUUAUCUACCUGUAUUUCUACCUUUACGAACAUUGAGAUCCCGGAAGUGUGUAUGUUCCUAAGGGUACACAAUUGUCCUACAUGUACCUAUGUGUACAGUAUGUAUGUAAAAUAGACAUUACUAUAAAGCUAUAUGCAGCAGAAGUAUUUCCAGAAGAGCGCAGGUGAUGUCUGUAAAGAGGCAUCAUCGAAUCCCCUGGGACAUUCUUGGGUGUGACCCAAGUUUUUGGCAAUGCCCGUUGGGUGGAGGCUUUUUACACAGUAUUGCUGUUGUACAUGUUGUGCGGAAUUAAAAGCAAUGGCUAUUCAAAAAGUUAAGUUAGAGGGAGGAGGCUCCAUAAAAUGGUUUGUUUAAGCCCACCAAAUUGUUGGGAUUGAAAUACAGACUUUGGAGAAAACACAUGGUAUAUUUUUGCCGUGUCAAAGUGCAGUGUUGGAAAAAACAACAUAGCAUGCAUCCCUAGCACAAUCUGGAACUACUUCUGUACAGAUAUAUCCACAUAGCCUUGUGAGAAUUGUAUGGUUUACAUUAAUGUAUUAUAAUAUAGCAGGUGAAAAAGCUAUAGUGCAACCAGUAGCUAUUCUAGAGGCUUAUUUUUUACACCUACUGUGACCUUGGUAAUCUGUCGUCCAUCUUAACGUUGGGGAACAAUUCUUCGAGUCACUACGCUGAUUCUUUAAAAGCAUAGGCAAAACGCGUAGCUUCCAUGCGUGUAAAUAUUGAUGUUAGCUUUCUUUAUUGAUAUGGUGCUUUGUUGAAAUAUGCAUUCCACGUACUGCAGCCUUGUAACCUAUAGUUGUUCUUUUUUAUGGGUCCAUUUUGGGGAUGCACCAAAAGAUAAUAACACUACAAUGUCAAAAAAUGUCCCUCCAGCCCUUUUUCAGAAUCAAGAUUCACUAAAUAUAUUGUACUGAUUCCUUGCACGCUGAACAUCGUUUUAAUAGCUAUGUAGGAAGACUAUCUAAACCUUCUUUGCUAGGAUUUUCCUAAUAUACUUGGCUACGAUGCCAAACCUAUUGCUGCAAGAGAUGCUUAGAAAAUAGCUGGUUAUUUUCACAAAGUUCUGCUUAAUGGCAAUGUGGCCCUGCUGAAAAGUUUGGUGACUGACCAUCAAAUUAUUGAGCAUUGUUUCACCUGCUAUACAUGCUAUUUAUUUAACCUUUUUCCUUCUAAGCACCAAGUUUGCCUUGGUACACUGGUGAUGUUAGAAGGAUAAAGGUUAAAGACUGUUGCGUGUCACUGCAUUUUAUUCCUAUUCUUUUAGGAAAUGCUCAGUGCAGUUUUUGUUACUUUGCGUGAAGACAUAAAAUGUCAAGAUUGUUGUAAACUAACAACCUUCAUCAUGCUUUUUGUGGUAUUCAUUCCAAUUCAAAAAAUUUGAAUAACAACUUGGGCCAACUGAAACAGGGACGAAUAUUAGACUUAUCUAUCAUUUGUCUGGACGAGUUUUGACGAAUCGUCCUGCUGACAUUCGGCAUAAGCAAACCUCAGCAUGUUUUCUUCCCUGCCAAAGUAGAGAAUGAGAAAACAAAAAAGCUUCUGUCCCUGAGGUGUUGCCAAAAAGACUAGACUAACUCUGGUCCGGUGGUUCCCCUGUACAGUGUUGGGCCCAAGUUAGCAUAUGAUGCGAUAUUAUGUUAGAGUGGUUAUCUCUUGCAACGCUUUUGUAGAAAUGUAUGUCAUUUGAAAGGAAACAGUUCUACGUAGAAAAGAAGAAAAAAAGUAAUCAGAUUUGGGAGGUACUUUAGAUUUUUAUAAUAUAGCUUUUAGUUGCUCUAUUUGAUGCAGUGUGGCACUCCAAGACUGCCCAUGUUAUCUUUCUUGUUGUCUAAGAUGCUUGCUGCUCUCUUUAAGUGGUACCCCAAGGACACUUGUUCUAUGUUUUGUGUAUGUUCCCUUAAAAGGGAGAGUUAAAAAAAUGUGGGAAAAGAAAAUUCUAUAAAUAGAUAACGCUGUUAUCAAGAGUAUUUGGUCAAAGAGGGCAUUUUUGUUGCAUGUUGAGUCUCCAAGACUACUUUGCAACAUCUUAAGAUCACAGAUUAAUGAUGUGCCAUUUUCUCAGUCUGUCUUAGAAGAAAGUCUUGUAACCUAACUAUAGAAAAAGCAAGCAAUACAGUUGUUCGUCUUACAUCUAAUAAUCGCUACAUGAAAUCUUACCUUCACGUAAAGCAUGCGUAAAGCAUAUGUUAAACCACACUUUCAUGAAAAAAAAAGCACCUUUACACAUGCUUUAUGUCAUGCUGAAAGGUUGAGUCUGGUGCAAUUUACAUGUCGAUAUGAUCCAAGCUUCUCCACUGCUACUGCCAAGAAGCUUGGAUUCAAACAUGUCUGCCAUGUUUUAAACCAAGUACAUUUUUUGUGCACUUGGUUUGUAUUAGUACCUGUGAGUCUUUUGACUCAUCUAUGUGGUAAAUAUUACAUUGUAAACCAUGUUCCAACAAGCCCUAACUUGUUACAUCACGUAUGUAGUAUGGUUCGCUUCCAAUGUUGGGUAUUAUUUGAGGGCUACUCACUGACCCAGAAUUGUAAUUGGUGUUGUAAUGAUAACGGUAAAAGUUAGGAAUGUGAACGGUUGUCAAUGGAUAGAUAUAUGUGUCACACAUAUAGAGCCCUAUAUGUCCCUGCGUGGUAUUGCGUGUUGCAGAAGUUAUAGUAGGAGAAUAGUGCCUUUGGACUGCAGUAUAUUAAAGUUGCAUUAUGGUGUAUAAGAGCUUGAGUUAAUCGCCUUUUGCAAAGAGCUAUCUGGAAAUUUGGGAAAGCGCUGUCAGACAGUGAUCCCGAAAGAAACAGAUUUUUGUAAAUAUGUUCUUUUUUUUCUUGCAUUCUCUCACUGUGCUUCUGAAUAUUUUUGUGAAGAUGUUAUUCUGCUAUACCCAUCAAAUGGCAAAGUGGUGUAUUAUGUUGUGAUUAUAGCAGUCAUCAGUAUAAUAAAAGUCACAAUGAAGCAA